UUGGUAAUCAGUACGUUCCGAAACAAUCAGGAACCAAACCGACGUCGCUUUGACGUUGCCGAAGGCUCGAAGCAAGCACCUGUUCUUGUGUGCUCUCCGCAGUCGAUCCAGAAGGUGUUUGGCCUGGUCGCGGUGGGGUCUAAGGGCUCUACCCGGGACCAGCUUCUCUCAUUCCUAAAGUCCAAGUCCAAGGAUGAGCUCGGCUCCUUCACAUCCGAGCUCGUCUCACUGGUUUUCGUCGACGGGACUUCCAGUUGUCGGCCCCGAUUGUCCAUCGCAAAUGGCGACUGGAUUGACGCCGGGUCGAUCACUCUCUCUCAAACCUUCCUUCAAGCAGGUUGUUGACAAUGUAUAUAAGGCCGCUUCUCGUCUCGUCAGAUUGACUUCCAGACUAAGUUAAAUUUGAGUAGCAAACAUGUUUUCUGAUUCUUGGGUUACCUCACUCUCAUGCUCAAGCUCAGUGAUCCAAUCCUCUGGAGACCAAUCUGUUCCAUUGCAACUUCAAUGGCUAAGAUUCAUUUUCCUCUCUCCAUGCCCUCAAAGGGUUCUUUUUACUGCUAUUGAUCUCUUGUUCUUGGUCACUGUCCUUGUAUUUGGAGUUCAAAAGCUGUAUUCUAGAUUCAACUCUCAUGGUGACUCUGGCUCUGGAGUUAACAAGCCUCUCAUUAGCAAUGGCCGAGCUCUAAUCAGAACAACCAUUUGUUUCAAGCUCUCAUUGAUAGUGACAGUUGUGUUGACUCUCUGUAAUGUCACUGUGUGCAUUCUAAGCUUCAUUAGAAGCUCUCAAUUGCGAUUUGUGGCAAUGUUUUGGUUAGUUCAAGCCAUUACUCAAGCUGUCAUUGGAAUCUUGAUUGUUCAUGAAAAGAGAUUUCAAGCAGCUAAGCACUCGAUGCCGCUGCGAAUAUACUGGGUUGUGAGCUUCAUUUUGAUUUCGUUGUUCAUGGCUUCUGGGGUUAUUCGUUUCGUAUCCGUUGGAGCUGCAAAGCAUUCUAAUUUGGUAUUUGAUGAUUUAGUUUCUGUAGUUUCUUUUGUAUUGUCAAUUGUACUUCUUUUUGUUGCGAUUAGAGGAUCAACUGGGAUCACAGUUGCAAGAGAAUAUGAAGAAGCAGUAAUGGAUAAAGAAGAGACCAAAUUUCCUGAACCAGUAAUGGUCAAGUCCAAUGUCACUGCAUUUGCUUCUGCUUCUCUAUUAUCAAAGACCUUUUGGCUUUGGAUGAAUCCCCUGCUAAGCAAAGGUCACAAAUCUCCUCUAAAGAGUACUGAUGUCCCGUACCUCUCGUCGGAACAUGGAGCGGAAAAGCUGUCAAAUAACUUUGCGUUGAACUGGCCUAAACCACAUGAAAAAUCAAACCACCCAGUUCUAACAACAUUGUUCCGGUGUUUCUGGAAGGAAGUUGCACUAACUGCAUUUCUAGCUAUUGUAAGGCUCAGUGUCAUGUAUGUUGGACCUGUUCUCAUCCAAAGUUUCGUCGAUUUUACUGCCGGGAAAGGUAGCUCUCCUUAUGAAGGAUACUAUCUUGUAUUGACUCUCUUGGUUGCAAAAUUUGUGGAAGUUCUAAGCACUCAUCAAUUCAAUUUCAAUACUCAGAAGCUUGGAAUGCUCAUUAGAGGUACUCUUAUAACCUCUUUAUAUAAGAAGGGUCUGAGGUUGUCGUGCUCAGCUCGUCAAGCUCAUGGUGUAGGACAGAUUGUGAAUUUCAUGGCUGUUGAUGCUCAACAGCUUGGUGAUAUGAUGUUGCAGCUUCAUGCUCUAUGGUUAAUGCCAUUGCAAGUCACCAUCGCAUUGGUGCUUCUGUAUAACUGUAUUGGCGUCUCAUCAUUCGUGGCUGUACUUGGGAUUGCUGCUGUUAUUGUUUUUGUUGUAUUUGGCACCAGAAGAAACAAUAGGUUCCAGCGCAGUUUGAUGAGUAACCGCGAUUCAAGAAUGAAGGCAACCAACGAGAUGCUUAAUUACAUGCGAGUGAUUAAGUUCCAGGCAUGGGAAGAACACUUCAACAAGAGAAUUCAGAACUUCCGUAAAGCAGAAUUCAGUUGGCUCACCAAGUUUAUGUACUCGAUAUCUGGCAAUAUCAUUGUGUUGUGGUGUAUGCCGCUUCUAAUAUCAACUCUAACAUUCGGUACUGCCAUUUUCUUAGGGGUUCCACUGGAUGCAGGGACCGUGUUCACAACAACAGCAAUCUUUAAAAUCCUGCAGGAACCCGUCAAGAACUUCCCGCAGUCGAUGAUCUCAGUGUCACAAGCAAUGAUAUCACUAGCGAGAUUGGAUCGUUACCUGAUGAGUAAGGAGUUGGUGGAGCAAUCAGUGGAAAGAGAGGAGGUUUGUGAUGGAAGUAUCGCGGUGGAGGUUAACGAUGGUGUGUUUAGCUGGGAUGAUGAAGAUGGAGAGGAGGUAUUAAAGAACAUAAAUUUGGUAGUAAAGAAAGGUGAGCUUACUUCCAUUGUUGGUACAGUUGGAUCAGGGAAAUCUUCCCUCCUGGCCUCAAUUCUAGGUGAAAUGCACAAAGUAUCUGGGAAGGUCCGAGUUUGUGGGACGACAGCAUAUGUAUCCCAAACAUCAUGGAUUCAAAAUGGAACCAUUCAAGAGAAUAUACUAUUUGGUAUGCCUAUGAACAGAGAGAAAUACAACGAAAUUGUCAGGAUCUGUUGCUUGGAGAAAGACUUGGAAAUGAUGGAGUAUGGAGAUCAGACAGAGAUUGGAGAGCGUGGUAUCAACCUCAGCGGCGGGCAGAAGCAGCGGAUACAGCUUGCCAGGGCUGUUUAUCAGGAUUGUGACAUAUACCUUCUUGAUGAUGUAUUCAGUGCUGUUGACGCACAUACUGGGUCAGAUAUAUUUAAGGAAUGUGUGAGAGGAGCUCUCAGAAACAAGACUGUUAUUCUAGUUACUCACCAAGUUGACUUCUUGCACAAUGUUGAUCUUAUAAUGGUCAUGCGAGAUGGGAUGAUAGUACAGUCAGGAAAAUACAAUGAUCUAGUCCAAAAUGGCUUAGAUUUUGGAGCACUAGUAGCUGCCCAUGAAACCUCGAUGGAACUUGUGGAAAUGGGCAAGACCAUGUCCCUUGAACCUUCUUCAAAACCAGACAAGUCUCCACGAGCCCACUCAGAUCUUCGUGAAGCUAAUGGCGAAAACAAACCUGAAAAUCAAGCUGCCAAGUCAGAGAACUCAAGUUCAAAGCUCAUUAAAGAAGAACAAAGAGAAACUGGCAGAGUGAGCCUGCAAGUAUACAAGGUAUACUGCACUGAGGCUUUUGGGUGGUGGGGCAUAACUAUAGUGGUGUUGUUGUCUGUUGUUUGGCAAGGAUCUUUGAUGGUUGGUGAUUACUGGUUGGCGUAUGAAACUGCAGACGAGCGUGCUACGUCUUUCAAUGCUUCAUUUUUUAUCCGUGUCUACGCAAUUAUUGCAGCUGUAUCGUUUGCUGUGUUAGCAAUUAGAGCCCUUUUCGUUACGAUGUUCGGGCUUAAGACAGCGCAAAUGUUCUUCAAGAAGAUCCUUCAUAGUAUCUUGCAUGCCCCCAUGUCCUUCUUUGAUACAACACCAUCAGGAAGAAUACUAACAAGGGCAUCAACUGAUCAGACCAACAUUGAUAUCCUGGUUCCCUUUCUUAUCAGCAUAAGUGUUUUGAUGUACACCACCCUGCUUAGCAUCAUCAUUGUCACUUGUCAAUAUGCUUGGCCGACCGUGUUCUUAUUGAUUCCACUUGGUUGGUUGAAUAUAUUGUAUCGGAAUUACUUUCUUGCUUCAUCUCGUGAAUUAACGAGGCUUGAUUCGAUCACUAAAGCACCCAUACUCCAUCACUUCUCUGAAAGCAUCUCUGGGAUUAUGACAAUUCGCUCUUUCAGAAGGCAGGCUCUUUUUUGUCAGGAAAAUGUAAAUCGUGUUGAUUCGAAUGUUCGUAUGGAUUUCCACAACUAUGGAUCAAAUGAAUGGCUGGGUUUCCGUUUAGAACUGAUUGGGAGCUUCAUCCUCUGCAUUUCUACUUUAUUCUUGAUCAUGUUGCCCAGCAGUAUUGUGAACCCAGCAAAUGUCGGUUUAUCCCUCUCAUACGGGUUGUCUCUCAAUGGUGUGCUGUUCUGGGCUAUUUACAUAAGUUGCAUGGUUGAAAAUAAAAUGGUUUCUGUUGAGAGGGUAAAGCAGUUCACGAAAAUCCCAGCGGAGGCAGAAUGGGAGAUAAAGGAGCGGCUGCCUCCUCCAAGUUGGCCUGCUCAGGGCAAUGUGGACCUUGAAGACUUGCAGGUUAGAUAUCGUCCAAACACGCCUCUGGUUCUCAAAGGUAUUACUCUCAGCAUUCAUGGGGGAGAGAAGAUUGGCGUAGUUGGUCGAACGGGGAGUGGGAAGUCAACUUUGGUGCAAGUGUUCUUUAGGUUGGUAGAACCAUCAGGAGGGAGCAUAACUGUUGAUGGUAUUGACAUUUGCACACUAGGGCUUCAAGAUCUUAGGUCUCGCUUUGGAAUUAUUCCUCAAGAACCUGUCCUGUUUGAAGGAACUGUGAGAAGCAAUGUUGAUCCAAUCGGACAGUGCACAGAUGAAGAGAUUUGGAAGAGCCUCGAGCGAUGCCAACUCAAGGACGUCGUGGCUGCAAAGCCUGAAAGACUUGAUUCUCCAGUGGUUGAUAAUGGUGAUAACUGGAGCGUCGGACAAAGGCAGCUUCUCUGCUUGGGAAGGGUUAUGUUGAAGCGCAGCAGACUUCUGUUCAUGGACGAAGCGACAGCUUCUGUGGAUUCACAAACUGAUGCGGUUAUUCAAAAGAUAAUCCGGGAAGAAUUCGCGGCCUGCACAAUUAUCAGUAUAGCUCACAGAAUACCAACCGUUAUGGACUGUGAUAGAGUGUUAGUUAUCGAUGCAGGAAAGGCAAAAGAGUUUGACAAACCAUCGAACUUGAUUGAGAGGCCAUCUCUUUUCGGGGCAUUGGUACAAGAGUAUGCCAAUCGCUCGGCUGAACUAUAAACGUUCAUUCUUUAUUCAUCAAACCUUUGGAUGACCUAAAUCUAAUUACAAAAAUAUGUUUGUAUGUAUUUAGUUUAGGCCCUGUUUGGUUGAUGGUAUCGUAAUGAUAUUAGGAUUCCCAUAAAAGGGGUAAUCGUAAUUCAAUGUUUGGUGUUUUCCAAAACCA